GUCCCACGUCUACUCCCUUCUGCCUCUCCUUUCAGCUUCUUCCACCUUUUGAAAUAAUUCACUGAUAAUGUCCGCGUAUCCUGCAUUCAUAAUGGGAGGUCUAUGUGCCGUUGGUGGUGUUAUUGGCUUUGCUCGGACUCGAUCUAUACCAUCAAUUGUUGCAGGCGUUGGUGUUGGUGCACUAUACCUUUGGAGUGCGGAUAGCAUACGAAAAGGAACUACCAACGGAGUUGAAGCUGCUUUAGGUGCCUCUGCACUACUCUUCCUGUCUUCGGUCCCCCGAUUUCGGAAAGGGCCCGUACCUGCCAUGUUGACUACCACGUCGACCGCUGCCGCUUUGUACUACGGAAAUCUUUACAUGAAGAUAAAGAACAACUGAUUCUCGGUCACUUUUCGAUUGCGGCAUCUAUGUAAUGUGGACGAACUAGUUUGGUCCCUUGUCUGUAUUUCAUUUGGAAUUGAAUUGAAUACUACGUUUUUCUGUCGUUCAC